AUGAUCGGCACUGUGCUCUGCUACGUGCUGCUGCCGGCGGCGCGGCUCCUCCAGGCCCUCCGAGAUGCUUUCUUUACCUAUCGAAAGAAUGUGCUUCUGGCGAAGAGCCCGUCCACCCAGAUAGAAGGUGUCUUUGCUGCAACCAGAGGAAGAUCAGUUCCAGAAGAGCAAGAAGCCCUUCUCCAGCAGUGGCUGGAGGAAGGAGCAGGGAAUUUGCCAGCCAGUGAGAGUGUUCCAACAGUGAGGAAAGUAUCAGUUACACUCACUAGUGACUGGUUAGAAGGUUCAGAACUAUUGAUGUCCAGCCUCAGUGACCUGAAUACAUCUCCGGAACUCACCCAGUGUACUGAUCAGCAGCACUUGGAGCUAAAUGCCUUGGCUUCUUCAGACCUGCAGGAUCAUGCAGUGGCUGAACUGGCCAGAUUACCAUCCGAGGAAACAGUGACUGUAGCAGGCAGUGCUCCUUGGGCAGCUGUGGUCCCACAGACAGAUCACCAGACAUCUGGCUGUGCUGGUAUCAAUGUGGAGGUGCUGAAUGAUGACCCAGCUGUGCUGGCCUGGAGUUUAGCAUGUGAUGCAGAGGCAGUGCCACCAGUGCUCCCAGCCCAGCCCAUUCAGGAAGCGGUGCCAUUUUAUCCUGUCUCAUCGGAGGUGCCCUACCAUGAGAUCUUAUGGAGAGACUGGGAGGAUCUUUCUGUCCAGCCCUGUGUCUUAGAGCAGGUCUCAAAAAACACUCCCCUCUUUGAAUUUCGAGUCAUGUCUUACAACAUCCUUGCCCAGGACCUGGUGGAGCAGGGCUUUGAUCUCUAUGUACACUGUCAUCCAGACAUCCUGAACUGGAACUACCGCCUUCCAAACCUUUUGCAGGAGAUCCAGCAUUGGGAUCCUGAUGUUCUGUGUCUCCAGGAGGUGCAAGAGAACCAUUACUGGGAGCAACUGGAACCAACAUUCAAGGAGAUGGGCUUUGCUUGCUUCUAUAAACGGAGAACCGGGACGAAGACAGAUGGAUGUGCAGUGUGCUAUAAGCGCAGCAGGUUCCAGCUGAUCAGUCUCAGCCCCAUAGAAUACUUCCGGCCUGGCCUGGACAUCCUCAACCGGGAUAAUGUGGGCUUAGUGCUGCUGCUGCAGCCUGUGCUCCCAGAAGGUCUAGGUCUGAAUGCAGUCAGUCCUUUGUGUGUGGCCAACACUCAUGUGUUGUUCAAUCCCCGUCGAGGAGAUAUCAAACUGGCCCAGGUGGCAUUGCUGCUAGCAGAGAUUGACAAAAUUGCAAGAACUACUGAAGGCAGCUACUAUCCUGUCAUCUUGUGUGGAGACCUGAACUCUGUACCUGAUUCUCCACUCUACAAAUUCAUCCGGAAUGGUGAACUUUCCUACCAUGGGAUGCCAGCCUGGAAGGUGUCUGGUCAGGAAGACUUUUCCCAGCAAUUGUAUUCACGAAAGCUGCUGGCCCCACUGUGGCCAAGCUCACUGGGUGUAACAGACAAGUGCCAGUAUGUCACCCUGUGCCAGCCAAAGAAACCUGGGAGACGCGAAUACAGCCGGGACUUCCUGCUGCAGUUCCGCUUUUGUGAUGCUGCCUGUGAACGACCGCCGGAGCUGGUGCUCCUGGAAGGUGUGACAGAUGCUAAACCAGACCGCCCUGCACACUGGCCCAAGCCUGCUGCCACGGUGAAAGACCCAGAUCCUCAGCCAUUCGUCCCAAGGUGUUCAGGUGUUAUCCAGCAUGGCCUCAACCUGACCUCUGUCUACAGCCACUUCUUGCCACAGAGGGGACGCCCAGAGGUCACAACAAUGCCCAUGGGGCUUGGAGCCACUGUUGAUUACAUUUUCUACUCAGCAGAGCCUGUGGAGAACAAGGCGGGUCGCAGGCUGUACAAGGACGGAGCCCUGAAGCUGCUUGGCCGUCUUUCUCUUCUCUCUGAAGAUGUCCUCUUGAUGGCAAAUGGCUUACCAAAUCCUUUUUGUUCAUCUGAUCAUCUCUGCCUGCUGGCUAGCUUUGGCUUGGAGAUCUCCAGCCUCAGAGAGAGUUAGUGUUGGUUCCCUUUCCCUAAAGAAAAGUUGUUCUGAAUACAGCAGUUGAGCCUCUGGAUUGCACAACCUGCUUGCAAGAAAACCCUUUUCCUUGUCAUGCCCUAAAAGUCCUUUUAUCCCCUCACACCCUCACUAAAUGCAGGGAUGGGAGAGUUGGAGCACUUUUUGCAUUGGUAUUUUCUGCAUCUCUGCAAACCUGAGCUGUGUUCCCAGUGGGCUGAUAGGUGUAUUCAGGCAUUAGCAUCUUUUUAAGAGAUCCUUGUUCCACUGCCUUGGUUAGCAGGUGUUUUUGUGCUGCAGGAACCAACAUAACACCCAUGGUUAAUUGUCCCUUUGUAAGAUUUUCAAGGAGCUGGAAAAGAGAGGAGCAAUGCUAUAUCUGCUUUUGGUUAGUUUAAUUGCUACCAAGGAGCAUGGAAUGUGUAUGCUAAUACUCUUUUACACCAAAACAAAUUCUUUUCGUUCUUUUAAUUUCUCAGUAAUAGUUCAGUACUUUCAGGGCUAGUUGUUGUGUUGCCUUUUAGAUUGGAUCUGCUAACUGCUUAGAAAUGUCUUUUACUUAAUAAUCUGUAAGGUCUGACUUGCUGACAGAAGGGUUUGUGUGGUGUAACAGUUUCUACAAGAAACUGCUUGCUGUGACUAAUGGACCAGGGAAUGGGAUUGCCAGGAAUGGAACCAGUGGUUCUACAGAGCCACUCACAGCAGCUCUUUCAGCUGCAGCAAAAGCCUAGAAGCCUUGGGAAAGGCUUCCUUCCUUUCUAGCAGUCUCAGAAUGGUACCUAAUAUGUCAUUUUUAGCAAAAAUAUUUAGGGACCUCGCAGUGAAUAUCCUGUGGAAAAAAUUACCCUGUAAGGCAUGAUAACCCCAGAAGGCUAUAACUCUGGUUGUCCCAAAAGAGAGAUGAAGAUGGAAGGCAUGUGAGAGUCAGCAGAGCCAUCAGAUGGAAGAGCUGGUCUUGUCACUUGCCCUGUUCUUUGUGCACUCCCUAUUGCAGUCAGCCUGCCAGGGGUCAAUAGCCAACCUGUAGUAUCCAUCUCCUGCGCCAGACUGAAGUCCAUGCUGCAUCCUUCUGCACCCAGCCAUGUUUAAGUGUAGAUAGAACCCUUAGGAUCAACUCCUGACUCUUGACAUGCAUUGGGAGGAUGGGGAGGGCUGUGUAACUUGGAGCCAGACUGCAGUCGCUUGGAUCCCAGUGUACCUUUGGUGUCCUGCUUUUUGUCCAGUACAAAAGCAGUUGAGCUGUACCUGUUCCUAGAGUAAAUUCCCCAGUUCAACCUGACAUUUGGUGCUCAGUUUUUCCCUAAGAGAUGAAACCAGUCUUGGCAGAAACCAAUAUUGGCAGAAAUAUUAUGAAUCCUCUGUUCACAAACAAGGCAGGAAAUCCAGUCCCACCUCAGGUUUUUGCAGGAAGGUGCAGGAGAUUUGAAACAUUGUUUGUUCUUCAUGCUCUAUAUUGAGGGACUUUGAUAUUUUAAAUGUUACUUUCCUUAAUGAAAAAUAAAAUACUGUAAUCUAAGAAAAUACCACAAAGUAACUGUGGCACCUUGUAUUUCUGGCUGCUGAACCUCUGAAGACUUUCUGGACAAGGUUUUGCUGGCUGCAAGGUUUUGCUGGCUGCAAAGAGGGCAAAUUGACUACACAAGAAAGUAAUGAGGGUUGAAAGAGGGAAGAAAUGAGCCAAGACAUCCCUAAAUCCCAGAGGUGGCUUCUUUGGCAUUGGGCUCGCCUUGCUCCCUCCAUCCCCUACCUCCCCCCCGAAAGAUUUGCAUUCAGGAACCCUUGCCCUCCUCCCUAAGAAAGGAAUACUGCUGAUCUUUUACAGCUCACUUCUGUAAACUACAAAAACAAGGUGUGUGGGGGGGUAGGGAGUUACGUUCUGUGCCCUUGUGAGCAUGUAGGGGCUGCAUAUUCCCCUCUUGCCCUGCCAGAUGGUGUGGUAUUUGUCUGGUGAUGUGUGGAUGGCUUUUGCUACCAUUUGUGAGUUUCUGUAAGUGAACAGCAGUCUUGGGGGAGUGUGAAUAAUUUUGCCCUUAGGUAAUAGAUCUGGCAUGGCACUGGUACAUGGGGGGAUGGAUGGAUGCAGAGAUGUGCAUUUAUAUGACUAUGUUUAUUUCACAGUUUGAAUGAUUUCUGCAAGUACUCUGACUUUGUAAGUAGUUGUAUUUAUAAAGGGAGGGAAGAAAAGAGUGAACUGAGAGCUUUGUUUUCUAUCUGGCUCAAAAAGGUUGCCAGAAGGCAGCCUGGUUGCACAUGACUCCCUCCUGCUGUUAACAUUGUAAUAGGAACCUUAGAAGACACUAAAGGUUUAACAGCAACCAACCAAAAGCACCACAAAAAAUUUUGUGACACAUAGUGUUGGCACUUAGAACUUUAGCUAUCCUGAGUCUGAGGUCAGCUGGUGAGGAGGGGGGUGUGUGUGUGUGUAUGUAUGAAAGCUGCCCAUAAGAGAGCCAGACUCAGCUCCAGCUCUCUUGAGACCCAUAAGGUGUGCACCAUACACCAGCAGAUGAACUGGUUGCACCUGCACUGCCUGAAGCACCCUGCCAGUCCUGUGAUACAACUCAGGUGGAGGACCUGUGUUCCAGUAUCACAAGUGCUCUUUCCAUUUUAUAUAAACCAAAACCUUGACUUGUGGGCAAAUUGCAUGGAAGCAUCUCAGGGAGCUUUUAAGGUUCCAGCUAUAUUUUGCUGGAAAAUCUAAUGUUGCACAGGUCAAACUAAUGCUUUUUCUUUCCAUGCAUGAAAUAAUGUGGUAUGCACUUGGAAUUGUUAAUUUUUGAACACUGGAGAUCGAGUCAUGUGCAGAGAAACACCAGGACAAUGCCUACUAGUCCCCUUAUUCUUCUUUCUGGAGGUUAUAGUGUUCCCAGGGUGACUUGCAGCUCUCAAAGCCCUGGCUUACUCAUGAUUUGUUGGGCACUCAUAGCUGAAACUAUGGCAGAAAUACAGGACCAUGGCUAGUGACUGUAUAGAGACACAUAGGUAGAGUUGAAAACUUCAUCUCUGUGUUUAUUUUGACCACUGUCACAGGAGCUCUGGUAUGGACUCUUAUGGAGGUGGUCUGUUUCAGGAAAAUAAAAACCCCUGUGUUCUAGAGCAAUUUGGAGUUAAUAUCAAAUGGAUCUGGAGACCUGUGAGUGCCUCUUGACUGUGUGGGAUUAUAGGAGAGGUUUGGAGGUGGGGUUGGUAGAAAGUUCCGAACUGUAAAAUUGCAACCAGCAUAUAGUUGUUGGGAGAAAAAUAAUGUGUUUUGUGAUGCUUUAAGGAUAGCACCCACACAUACAAUCAGAGCCUGUGGUAAUGAGCAUUGUAAUGGGAUGCAGAACUGAGAUUCCAGAUGUAGCUCUUAAAACUGUUUCUGGACCUAAAUGCAUGAUGAGUUUUCAUUAACACAACUUUCUGAUGAAUUACAGAAGGAUCUGUAAAUGGUUAUGAAAGUAGAACAGCAGUAUCUGCAAUGCUCAGAAAGGGAAGGUGUCACAGAGGUAAUUACCAGCUACAUCACCUUAGUAGUGAUGUAGAGUUCAGGGAGACUGGUGCUUAGGGGAAGUGAUGCCAGAGACUGCUGGCAGUGUGUGUACAUUCCCUCUUAGCAGCCUCCUAAGCUGCAGGAGCAUGCAGCUGUUGAGACAAUCAAGUAUUUCACUAAGUAUCUUUACUAAAAAACAGUUUAAUUUGCACCACAGCUGCUAGGCUGUAUUUAGUUAUUCUAUUUAGAUAGAAGUUGGACUUCCUUCAUUUUCUCAGUUUUAAGUUCAGUGCUUCAGGAGGUUGCCCUUCAUAACCAGUUUCCCCAAUUACAUGGGAUGGGAGGAGUGGUAAACAAUAUAAUUGCUCUAUCUUCUUUCCUCUUCGUAAUAAAUGAAACUCGGCUGCUGUUUGAGGUCUUCUUUCUCCAUGCCUUUUUCUUAUGAGCUAUCUCUCCAGCAGCUGUUUUCCCAUGACUACUCUAUCCAGUUAUCUUUCUGAGUUACUGAUGUUUAUUUUUUCUGCAGCUGUAUUUCUUCAGUUAAAAGUCAUGGGUGCAAUUCUCUAGGGCUAAGUGUUAUUAUAAAUGCAACAUAUAAAUGGUGUCAAGAUGUAAGAUAGUGGGUUUCCUCAGCCCUGAAAAAUUAAGUGGGAGGAUUGGGAGCUCUGGAACCAACACAUAGGUGGGAGUAAUACUUGUUAUAUAAAACAACAAAACUGGAGUUUCAGAUUUAUUGUUAGUGCUCUGUACGCCACCUGCUUUGUGAAGGCAGAGCUCUGAAAUAUACUUGACCUUAGUUUGUCUGCUCUGAGGAGUCUCCAAGAGGUCGUAAGAAGUUCAGCAUCUCAGCGGAUCAAGGUAUGAGUCCUGCUCUUAACGAUGUGUUGAUGAUGGUGUUGGCAAACAGUCUGCAAAGCAGGGUGUUGCUGCAGUCCAAUAACUGCUCCCAAUGCCACCACCUCAGUAUUGAAGAUUUAUUGGAUAUACUGUUUAGAUAUUUGCAGACAUAUCCAUGGGUCAUCCAAAUGAACCCUUUUGUUGCUUACCUCAAGGGGGAGCACACAAGCCUUAGUGGGAUACCAUCUCCUUUCAGGCUUCCUGUUGUGCAGACUAAUUGAAUUGCUGGCUGUGACCUGCUUCUUACCAGACUGUAGCUGCCUGGCCUGUAGUGCUUCCCAUAGCACUGUCAUGCUGAAAUGCACAAGCUGAAUUGAAUAUUCUGCGUUGUGUUUCUAACCAUGAUACUGAGUUUCUGAAGGGAACUCACCUGUUGCAAUGAUAACCAGGAUGACAGAUUAAACAGCUGGCAUGCCUGUAACUCCUUUUGUCAGCUGUAAAUGUUUGGCAUCCCCUGUCAAGACAAGUUGUCUUCCUGCUUCCACUGAAAAUGUCAUUCUAGUCUUGAAGCUAUUUUUCUAUUUAUUUAUUUUAAAAUUUAUUUAUUUUCUUUCAGAUUUAGACUGUACAUUCUGUGCUCUUGUAUAAUAGCUGGAAAAAUUUUUUAUAACUUUGAUAAGACAAACACAGCAGCUUUCAAGGUCCAAGUCUGGCAAAUGGGAGGACUAAGCUAGACACUGGCUUAUGCUACAACAAAAGAUGUAUUUGUUCCAUCCAGUCUUUAAUUUCUAUACACCAGAAAAAGAACAAAAAAAACCCCCCACCAAACCAAAGACCAAAAAACCACCAAAAAACAAAACCCAAAAAACCCUUGGCUUCAGACCUUAGCAAUUUUAUUCAGUUUUUUGUUAUUUUCUUUCUGGAUGCAAAGCCCUAUAUUUAUUCUAUAUAUUUAGUUAUUGGCCAGUGCCUGGAGCUGCUCUUGAACUGGGAGUAGAUGAAUGCAGUAGUUAUUCUAUAGUUAUUUCUCUCCUCCUUUCCUCCCUUAAAAUGAGGUUAGAGAUAAGAUAGCACUCCCUCUUUGCCAAAAUAAAAAUAUAAUCCAGGAAAACAAACCUGGUUGAGUUAACUUAAUUCUGUAAUGGCCUGCUGUCCACAGCAUGUCAUAUGCCUUUGCGUGCCAUAGUCCUGCAGUUGCUGCAUGAAUGGUGCUCUUAAGGCUCAGUGGAUGAAUUUCUGUGUGCUUUUAGACAUGUGAGAACCUUAAGUCUUGGGCCUCUCAGUGUAAAAACUGACAGGGUGUGGUUUUUUUGUUUCUUGGGGUUUAUAAUUUAUUUUCUGCUUCAACAUAUUGUUUACCCUUCCCACAAGAAAGAUUUUCCACUUAAGGUCCAAGCAGCAUAAUCUCUGACUGACUUGAAAACUAAAACUGCAGGAACAACCAGUCACAGGGGAAAAGCCUGAUGUAAGAGGGAGCAGAAAGUCUGUGGCUGCCUCACUGUUUUGCUGUUCUCACUCCACCCUGAUCUAUACAUCCAUAGGGGAUAUAGGAGUUACCUGAUUUAAAGCAAAAUCUAUAAGGCAUGGAGCAGAGGGUGUUUUCAAGCAAGCAUCUGAAGUAGAUGCUUAGAACUGUGCAAUUGCUUUCCUUCAGGGCAGAAGCAGUUCAUGUAAUUAACUUGGCUAAGAUGGACUAUUGCAUGCGCCUUUCUCUUUGGAAUAACAGGUCAGAGAAUGUUUAUUCCUUUCCUAUACACACUGUAGGCUUGCCUACAUACUGGCCUUGGUCCCAGCUAUUACUCAUUUCCCUAGAGAGAAGCGGUAUGUUAUGCCUGAAAGAUGAUAGCCUGAAUAAAGUUGGAUCCCCUUGCUGGGGAUCCUUGCACUGAA